UACCUCCUUCAGGCAUGCAUCUGGCCCUCACCACUGUGCUCCUGUGGGCAUGGGGGAGUCCCCAGGCCUUUGAAAUUGUGGAGAAGGAAAACAUUUUUCAGAAGACCCCCUGCCCUGCUUUCCUGAUGUUUGAAAAUGCAGCCUACCUGGCUGACAUGAGCUUUGAGCUUCCCUGUCACUGCAAACCUGAAGAGGUGACAGCUGUAGUCUGGUUCUACCAAAAGCACCUAGGUAGCAGCCACACCAAAGUGCUGACGGACUUUGAUGGGCGGGUGCUGACGGAGGCAGCCCAGGUACGUGUGGGCAGCGACAUGCUGACCCGCUUCAGCAUCCGCAUGUUCAGCCUGUUGGUUUUCAGGGCUCAGCCUGAGGACUCAGGCCUGUACUUCUGCGGCACCCGCAAGGGGGACUACUUCUACGCCUACGAUGUGGACAUCCAGAACAGUGAGGGAAUGGUGGCCACUUUCCAGGACGAGGGCCAGGAGCCCUUCGCAGAUGAAUACUAUGGGCAUCUCCAUGUCUUCACCACCUUCUGGGAAUGGACCCCCUGUGACCGCUGUGGGGUGCGUGGGGAGCAGUGGCGCAUCGGCCUCUGCUACCUGCAGAGCCCAGACCUCUCCCCACGCUACCUCAAGGCGGUGCCCGAUGUGGUGUCUUGUGGCUCAAGGGCUGUGCCAAGGAAGCUGCGGACCAAGGCCAGGCACCACACGCCUGAGCUGCUGGUUCGAAGCUGCCUAGUACCCUGUGAGAAGACGAAGACCAUCCAGGAGGGCGUGCUGGCCAUUGUUAACUAUGUGUCCAAAGUGGGCAGCCGGCCCUGGGUGCCCCAUGUGCCCAUUCAGUUCCAUCAGCAGAGACUGGGCCAUGGCCUCAUCAUCUCCUGUCCCGGGGCCCGGCCAGAGCAUGCGGUGGCCUGGGACAAAGACCGCCAGCACCUCUACCGCACACAGUACCUGAAGGGUGUCAACAGGUCCAUGAGGGUGUUCAUUGACCAUGGCAACCAGCUCCACAUCCGCUUCACCCAGCUGGAUGACCGGGGCAUCUACUAUUGUUGGAGGCAGGGUGUGCGAGUUGCUGGCUUCCGGCUGGGUGUGACAUCACAUGGGCGCUACCCGGCCUCGUUCUCGGAUCCUGAGACUCGCUGGGCUGUGGAGCUCACCCUGAUAGGCUACCUGCUCAUCACGGCAGUCUUUGUCACCAUUCACCUCUGUCGUUGCUGCUGCUACUUAUUUCACUGUUGUCCCAACUUCUCCCCCUAGGAUCUGUCUUCAGCUCUGAAGACCACUUGUCCUUCAAUGUGUUUGUUAAAUGAUACCAGAUGUCUCUGGGCGGGUACCCUGGGUUGGGACGUGUGGUAGGAACAUGUGGAUAAAUCUGUUAGUUACAGCCUGCUCCCCAUUUUCAUGGGCAGGUCUGGGACCUGAUCUGAGAAGUGGAGGGGCCUGAGGCUGGUGGGAGAUUGGGGACUGAGGUCAGGAUGGAAGUAGGCCACACGUGUUUCCUGACUUCACACUUAGGUCAGAGAAGGAAGGCGUGAACUCAGAUUUAUCCAAUGGUAAACACUGAUCAGUGUUGAAUCGUGUUUGAGCUGCUUUACAUUCUUGCCUAUGAGGAUUGUGCUGGUUGAGUUGCAGGUAGCAGGGAGAGGAAGGAAGAAAAGAGUGGAGGGAGCUGGUGUGUGUCCUCUUUGGCUGUGGGUGGAAUUUGGUGAGGGCAUGGGCCCCAGAGAUGAUCGGUAAUAAGAAAUGAGUUGCUCUUGUCAAAGGCUACAUCUCGGCCCCAGUCCCGCCCUCUCAUGAACAGAUCAGAGUCCACUCUGGGGAAGGGCGCAGCAUUUGUCUUUAUUUUUCCUCAGCGACUAAAGGCAGCAGCAGUGCCCUGAAGAUUAGCAGCAGCAGCAGCAGGUGGCAGGAAGGAGUGGAAGGAAAGGACA